AAUUUUUCACAACAGCAUACACGUGAUGUCAACGACAGGCUGCUCUUCAGACCAUAUAUUUGCAAAUGAGCGGCUAAUAUUUUAUACAUAUGCAUGAUAUACGCGAGGGGAUUAAUCCGUAAAGGAAGAUUCUGAAAGCUAAAGCAGUUGCUCGAUUUUGUAAGAAGAUUCGGUGAAUCAUUGAGAAGUGAUAUUGUUUAGAUUUGAUUUAGGUUAAGUUUGAUCAAAAGUUAUUCGAAGGAAAACCACCGGAAGUCAUGGCAUCGCCAUUCACCUGCAGAAACUGUAACAUACUGUUAUGGGAUCUGGAAGUCCUGAGACAACAUUACAAGUCCGAAUGGCACAAAUACAAUUUGAAGAGGAAGAUAGUUAACCAACCGCCGAUCACAGCUGAAGAGUUCGAGGCAUUGAACGCCGUGAAAUGCAAGAAAUAUGAAGAAUCAAAGGAGAAUCGAUAUUGCAACACAUGUCGCAAGAAAUUCAACACGAAGAAUCAGUACGAGAAUCAUUUGGUUUCGAAGAAGCACAAGGAGAACUUCAAUAAACAUGAAAGUAACGACAGCGAAUUGUCUCAGAGGACCGAAAAUGCUGCGGAAACUGUCAGUGGCGAUACGUCAGGACUUGGGAGCUCGAUCGCCGUGGAAAAUCCGGUUUCCAGCAAGAGAACAGAUAUGGACGAUACAGAGACCGACUCAGUCGUGGAGUCUGUGGAUUCGGACGGGUGGAUUGAAGACACGGAGAAUCCCAUGGAUAAUAAUGAUUGUCUGUUCUGCGAUCAUCACAGCAGAUCAUUGACCCGUAACUUGAAGCACAUGACGGUUGCGCACACUUUCUUCAUACCCGAUCCCGAAUAUUGCGUGAAUAUAAGGGGUCUGCUGACAUAUCUAGGAGAGAAGAUAUUCGCUGGUUACAUGUGCAUCUGGUGCAACGAUUCAGGCAAAGCGUUCAAAAGCGCGGACGGUGCGAGGACGCACAUGCUGGACAAGGGCCACUGCAAGAUGCUGCACGAGGGCGAGGCGUUGCUCGAAUACAGCGACUUCUACGACUACUCGUCCAGCUACCCGGACGCUGGAAACGUCGAGGAUCCGGACGUAGAGGUGGCCCUGCCCGCCGAGCUGGACGAUACCGAUUAUCAAAUGAAACUGCCGUCCGGCAAUGUGAUCGGCCACCGAGCCCUAAUGAGAUACUACAAGCAAAAAUUGAAUCCGAACAGUACGGUUCACUUGUCGGUGAGCCACAAAAUGCGGCAAGUGUUGCUGCAGUAUCGAGCGCUUGGCUGGACAAACACGAAGAAGCAGGAGGCGGUGCGGAAAGCCCGGGAUAUCAAGUACAUGCAGAGGCUACAGGCCAGGUACGCGACGCAGCUGCAGUUCAAGGCGAACAAGCUGCAACGUUACUUCAGGAAGCAGACGAUGUUCUGAACUCCGGCCAUUCGGAUUCUUCGACGCCGCCGGAGGCCUUUCUACUCCUCGAUCGCGAAGCGGAAGUUGCGGAGAUUACGAAGGUUUCUUCGUGUCACCGAUGUUAUUACGUUGUCACAUCGUUCACACAACUGUUGUAUAUUUAAUGUAAAAACAGGAACAAAUGUAUUUAUAUUCGA